AUGUCACACCCUUACAAUAUUCUUUAUCUUUUUACAGGCAGUCAACCUGGGGGAGACUCCAGUGAGGAAACUGAAUUGGAGGGCCCUAUAGAUGAUUCAACCCAGCAUUUCUCCUCUGAAACGAGUGAGGACCCAGAGGUAGAGGUGACCAUAGAAGCCCCGGUGGACAGAUGGACAAAAGCUGGGAUCGAUCUCUCCCUGUGUGCCGAACAGGCAGCCUUUGCGGUGGACUUUCAGCUCCCCUGCGCCCCCCAGCUCUUCAGCAGCAAAAACACCCAGUGCAGCACCAAGUGGGGCAUUACUGUGCUGCACAAGUGGUACCAAAGCCACUUCAAGAGCUCAGCCAACGCCAUUGACUUCAUGUCCCCUCCAGAGCUGGAUAGGGUCUUGCAGGAGUUCUACACUAACGCCAAAACCAGCAAGAAAGACCGCUACACCAAGAACUCUCUCAACGCCAUCCGGAAGAGCAUCAACCGCUAUCUGCGGGGACCCCCGAUCCACCGCAACAUCAACAUCCUGUGCGACUCGGAAUUCCCCGAUUCGAAUCAAACCUACCGCGAGGUGUGCCGGAGCCUGAAAAUCGAGGGCAAGGCUUCGACCAAGCACACCAUCCCCAUAGCCACAGAGGACCUCUUCAAGCUGUACCAAAGCAGCGUCCUGAACCCCUCGUCCCCCCAGACCCUGCUCAACAAGGUCUGGUUCUACAUCAUGUUUUUCUUCGGCCGCCACGGAGGCGGGCGGUACACUCAGCGGGAAUUCACCAGAGAGUCCUUCCGUUUUGGCAUAGAUGAAUACGGUACGUUGGCAUUGAUUUUUACUAUUAUUUCCCAUUGAUUUCUGCAACAAACAAAGACAUAGAUGCCUUUUCUAACCCCUUGUAAGAGGCAGAAAUUGAGCUCCCACAGAAGGCAGAAUGGGGUGCAAAUGCACCCCACAGGACGUCUAUGAUGAGGUCUUCACAUUUCUUAGCUGUACAGGGAAGGAUUGUUGGAUGUUUUGACUAUAAUUAUAUAACCCCUGAGCAUUCAGACGUGUCAGUAUUCUUACUGCAAGAUUUAUUUCACUUUUAAAAAACCUCUGACGUAAUUUCCUGGUGUACCAAAAAUUAUCCCCUGAAGAAACUGUGCAGACUAGAAUCACAUGCUGAGCUCUGCAAGACAGCAACCAGUUUGAUAAGAAAUACAAGCACCGUUUCUUCAGGGGACAAUUUUAUGUCCGCCAGUGGUCUGUAAACCACAGUUUUUUAAAAAGAUAAAUGAAGCUUGCAGUAAGAAUACUGGUGUGGUUGGAUGCUCGGGAGUUAUAUAACUAUUUGAAUGUUCAAAUACCCCCCAAAAAACUAAACAAUUCAUCCAAGAAAAGUUCAAACGAGCACAAAAGAAAGGAAAAGCUUACUAAACUUUCAUACCUGUCAAUAUUUAUUUUAAGUAUAACACUUAAGGUUAUAUUAUCCCUCAACUAGGGUAUUGACUUUAAUGUGUUAAGCUGCUUUCUGAAACACCCUUAAACUCAAGCAACACUUGAAAGAAAGCUAAGGGUACAUUUUAAGGUGUUUUAUGCAACUGGCCACUGGCCUCUAACAAAUCAGCGCUGCAUUUUAAAUAACCUAGCUAAAGAGAAGCAUGCACUUAAAGAUGUGUCAACCAGGGUUUUAAUAUCGAUGGUCUUCCCUUUCAUGAGCACUAGCUUCAUUAUCACUGCCUCCCUGUGGACAUGGUUCUGUCCUCACUGUUUUAUACUUGAAAUACAGUCCCACAGCCCUCGCUGCUGCUCCGAGGUACAGAAUCACUUUCUCUGUUGGAGUUCAACUCCAGUGGUCUGCCUCUAGACCAUGCAAGUGAAGAAUCAGCAUUCAUCACAGUAAACAGGUAUCCAGUGAUAAUUCAAAUAGAGGGAGAACGAGGUAAGAACAUUGAUUUUAAAGAC